CGGCCGUAGCAGCGGAACGUGAACGGUGCUAAAAUGUUCAUAGUGGAAAACCAGAGUAUUAAGAGCUCAUUUACUCAGUUUCUGAAAUAGUCUGCUCAACGCAGCGUGCUUACAGAUGGUUGGGUAACGUUUGCCGUCUGAUAAGUUCUAAACUGCGUUGUGCGUUAAAUUCCUGACCAGGAGAUACGUACGACUACCACCGGUACCCAGGGAAACUGGUUGGAUUUGACACUUGUAUCGGCCCGGGACUGCCACGGAGAAGGCACCUACUUUAUUCGUCUGCGGCAAGGUGAGGCAGACUGAUCCACUGGAGAGCACCUUUUCGGGAGGUAGACAAGGACAGAGAGGUGGUGCACGUCUCAGAGGCUUUGAGACCCAGGGCUAGCCGAGCUAGUGGGUUGCUGCCAAAAACCAACACGGAGAGAGCCUGAAAACAGUUUGCCUGUGUGGCAGCAUCACAUCUUCAGACCCAGGAAAAUGGCACGCCUGGGAGGCAGUCAAAACCAGAAAGCUGCAUGCUUGGGGGUCAGUCACUUACAUUAAACAGCACAGUGGCAGGCCUGAAUGGUUUGGGGAACUUAAGAGUAGCGCGCUGCAUUGGGGGCUGAGAUGGACUAAUAAGGGAACCUGGGUUGCAUCAUCGGUCAAUAAUAGCUCGCCAUGAGGAAAGGGCUGUAAGAAGAACAGUAAGACCCAGCAGAGCGAGGGUGAUCAGAACAAUCCACAGUAUCUUUGAUGAAGGGCCAGGAGUUGAUCUACACUGCCAUGCUCAUCAAUGGGGCGCUGGCAAAGACCUUACCUCCAGCCUCACCUCUUGCCCGCUCACCAACGGUCGUCGACGGGGGGACCAGAUUUUGGUUCCAGAGGGGUCUCCUUUUCUCAGCACAUCACGUGCAGCAAGCCUCUAGAACUGGGGGUGGGCCUGCCCCACUGAUGUUCCACACAACCAUCUCCAGGGAACGGGUCACCGCUGCCAUCCUUCGAUGGCCGUCGUUUGACGGAGAAAACUGCGAAUGCUGAGCAGGCUAGUGAGGUUGGGGCCCGCCCUCAGUCUCCGCUCAUUGGCCGCUGGAUGGAAUUGAGGUGAAUGGAGCCCAUUUCCAACGUCGAGGACCCCAACUCAUCAGAGGGAGAUGAGAAACGGUGGCCCAAUGGACCAAAAAGGAAGAGGAAGAACAGCACAUGUUCGUUGAAGAGCAUGUCUGCACUGAGCCUCUCUGUCCCAGGAUACAUCCCCAGCUACUUGGAGAAGGAUGAGCCGUGUGUGGUAUGUGGAGACAAGGCCACUGGCUACCAUUACCGCUGCAUCACCUGCGAGGGCUGCAAGGGUUUCUUCAGGCGCACAAUCCAGAAGAACCUUCACCCGGCUUACUCCUGUAAGUACGAUGGCUGCUGCAUCAUCGACAAGAUCACAAGGAACCAGUGCCAACUGUGUCGCUUCAGGAAGUGCAUCGCAGUUGGCAUGGCCAUGGACCUGGUGCUGGAUGACUCUAAGCGGGUAGCCAAGCGUCGUCUGAUUGAGGAGAACCGGGAGAAGAGGAAGAAGGACGAGAUCGUGAAGACUCUACAGACACGUCCGGAGCCCGACAGCUUGGAGUGGGAGCUGAUCCGCCAUGUGACAGAGGCCCACCACCACACCAACGCGCAGGGCUCCCACUGGAAACAGAAACGCAAGUUCCUGCCUGAGGACAUAGGUCAGUCCCCCGGGGCUCCCACCCCAGACGGAGACAAGGUAGACCUGGAGGCCUUCAGCGAGUUCACCAAGAUCAUCACCCCCGCCAUCACACGCGUCGUCGACUUUGCCAAAAAACUUACCAUGUUCUCAGAGCUGCCUUGUGAGGACCAGAUCAUCCUAUUGAAAGGCUGCUGUAUGGAGAUCAUGUCGCUUCGUGCCGCUGUGCGCUACGACCCAGAGAGCGAGACACUUACCCUGAGCGGCGAGAUGGCGGUGAAGAGGGAGCAGCUGAAGAAUGGCGGGCUGGGCGUGGUGUCGGACGCCAUCUUUGAUUUGGGCAAGAGUCUGGCGCAGUUUAACCUGGACGACUCGGAGGUGGCCCUGCUGCAGGCGGUGCUCCUCAUGAGCUCAGAUCGUUCGGGCCUGACGUCGGUAGAAAAGAUCGAGAAGUGCCAGGAGACGUACCUGCUUGCCUUCGAGCACUACAUCAACCACCGCAAGCACAACAUUCCCCACUUCUGGCCCAAGUUGCUGAUGAAGGUGACAGACCUGAGGAUGAUCGGGGCGUGCCACGCCAGCCGCUUCCUCCACAUGAAGGUGGAGUGUCCCAACGAACUCUUCCCUCCGCUCUUCCUGGAGGUCUUCGAGGACCAGGAAGUAUGAACUGACCCCUGACUUUUGACCUGGAAGAGAUAGAAGAGAGAGGGGGGAAUUAUGAGGGGGAAAGAAAAGGAGUAAAAAUUGGCCUCUUUCCUCAUUUUGUGAAACACAGUAUCACCACCAGCAACACAGAUAGUCACCAAGAAAAAAGUCACAGAGAAAAACAAAAAGGCUUUCUUUUGCAUAGCCGUUUUGAUGAUUUGUUUCUGUCCCCUCCUGGCCGCACUUGGGGCUCUUUGUGGCUGCUGGG